AUGUUUUUAAGGGAGAUCGAAAAGACUCUAGUUUUGUAUAAUCUCAACCAAAAGAGGUUCAUGGCAGCAGAAAGUGGUACAAAUGAAUACCUUGCCCGCAAUGCUAUCUCGAUGGGAACUAUUUCGGUCUUUGAGAAUCUUCGGCAGAUCGGGAAGAAUAAUCUAAGAGCAAGCACAUACGAAAAACUUAGGGAGCAGCGCAACCACCUGGCCCAUGCUAAGGGGGAUCAGUGGAAAGCUGUGUGGGAGACCAUUUCCGUCGUAUACCCUGACCUAAUGACCGAGGUCGAGAAAGCGAUUGAUCUCUACAGGAGACCUCCUCCUAUUUUGAACGAAACGUUGGGAGGCCAGGUAGGACCAAAGAAAAAGCGAAGGAAAGGGAAGAAGAGGCUAAGACCUCAAUGA